GGAGCGGAGCCGGGACCGCCACAAGUCCCGCAGCAAAGACAGCCGCUCAGAAAAGUCUGUAACAAUUAACACACCGCCUGCAGAACCGCUGCUGGGCGACUCGGCUGUUCGGGGUGAGCAGGUCCAGGAUGACAACUGGGGCGAGACCACUACGGCCGUCACAGGCACAUCAGAGCACAGCCUCUCUCAGGAGGACAUCGUUCGCAUCACCAAGGACUUGGAGGACAGCGUGGGGCUCGACUGCCGCCGUUACUUCACCUUGACCUUGGCCGUGAUCCUGGGCCUGCUCGUGUUCCUGACGCCGCUGGCCUUCCUGGUGCUCCCCCACCUCCUCUGGCCGGAGAAGCUGCAGAGCUGCGGCACGGCCUGCGAGGGCCUCUUCAUCUCCGUGGCCUUCAAAUUGCUCAUAUUGCUGCUGGCAGUCUGGGCGCUCUUCUUCAGGCCGCCGCGGGCCGGCCUCCCGCGGGUCUUCGUAUUCCGGGCGCUGCUCGCCGUGCUGGUGCUGCUCUUCGUGGUCUCCUAUUGGCUGUUCUAUGGAGUCAGAAUACUCGACUCACAGGAUGAGAACUACCAGGGCAUUGUGCAGUACGCCGUGUCGCUGGUGGACGCCCUGCUCUUUAUCCACUACCUGGCCAUCGUCCUGCUGGAGCUCCGGCAGCUCCAGCCGUGCUUCUCUGUGUGCGUCACGCGCUCCACGGAUGGCGAGAUGAGGCACUACAACCUGGGACAGCUCAGCAUUCAGCGGGCAGCUCUGGCCAUCUUAGAGCACUACUACUGUGACUUCCCAGUCCAUAACCCGGCGCUGCUUUCCGCCUCCAAGUCCCGCGCAGCCAAACACCUGGCCGGCCUCAAGGUCUACAACGUGGAUGGUGAGUUCCCAGCAGGCCCCGCUGAGGGUCCGGGGAACAACGCGGCAGCAGGACUGGCCCACUCCCAGUCCAGAGCCAUGAUCGCAGCCGCGGCCCGCCGCAGAGACACCAGCCACAACGAGCUGUACUACGAGGAGGCCGAGCACGAGAGGCGUGUUCGCAAACGCAAAGCACGACUGGUGGUGGCAGUAGAGGAGGCGUUCACACAUAUCAAGCGCAUGCAGGAGGAGGAGCAGAAGAAAGCUCCAGGCGAUGUGAUGGACCCGCGAGAGGCAGCACAGGCCAUCUUCCCGUCCAUGGCUCGCGCCCUGCAGAAGUACCUGAGGACCACCAAGCAGCAGCACUGCCACAGCAUGGAGAGCAUCCAGCAGCACCUGGCCUUCUGCAUCACCAACAACAUGACGCCCAAGGCGUUCCUGGAUAGCUACCUGACCCCGGGUCCCACCCUGCAGUACAGCCGGGACCACUGGCUGGCCCGUCAGUGGACGCUGAGCAGCGAAGCGUCGGUCACCAGCGGCCUGAAGGACGGCACCGUCUUCCUGCUCAAGUGUGUGGACUUCAGCCUGGUGGUGACGUCAAAGAAGAUCCCGUACAUCCAGAUGUCAGAGGAAUACAUCGACCCCAAGUCACACAAGUUUGUCCUGCGGCUACAGUCCGAAACCUCCGUCUAGGACUCCAAACUUUUUUUUUUUUAUUCCUCACCCUGUUUUGUUGCUCUCAAAUGUUUUCAUUUUGGGUUUGCAGUUUUUAUUUUGAAAAUUUUUAUAUAUUAUAUAUGAACCUAUAUAUUACACACGUUUGAAUAUAUUGAUCUUUCUAUGUUUGAUUUGGAUGAAAACAAAAGAAAAGAACAGAGGCAGGAUUACGCUCACGGCCGUUUGACUCGGACGCCUCGGACACGGUUGUGUGCACAUACAGUAUGUGUGAGUGUGUGUGUGUGUGUGUAUGUGUGUGUUUGGGUGUGUGUGUGUAUGCACGUGUGUCAUUCUGUGUCAACACAAUCACUCGUUCCUUUUCUGUUGGAGAUGCUGGAGCCAAACGAGACGGGAACAUUUGAAGUUUCUGCCAUCCCCACAGAGACUUUGUUGUCUCAGUCACUCCUUUAUUACCAUGGGACAGACAGACAGACAGACAGACAGACAGACAGACAGACAAACCACUAAGGACGGCGAUGGUGUGACUUGGAUGGAAACAAAUGACAGACAUCCUGCCUGUCUGUCUAGCAAGUAUUUGGAUGUCAACAGAUUGAGAAUUAAAUGGAUUUCUUUGUCUCGAAAACCAAAUUAAAUGCAUUUGACAAAAAAAAGAAGAAACUAAAUCAAUCAGAUUUUGCAUUAAAUGCACAUUUAUACAUGUUUAUAAAUUAAAAGAAUAUGCCUAAAAAGGAUGGGACAUAUGAUCUCAGCCUGAAAGGAUGUCAGACUGUUUUCUUCAUCACUACUUCAGGAUGUCUGUAGAGCUCCGGACGGUUUGAGAGGUCCAGCCCGCCUGCAUCCUGAGGCGUUCAGGAGCACCCGCGAGUGCUAAUCCUCACAGCCAAAGUGGGACGCUUGGAGCUGUUUUGGUGCACAGUUCUUCUCCAGGUGCAAUGGAGCAAAAUCAGAAAUAUUUCCACUCCAGUUGGGAACAACACACACAUGCCAUGUUAAACUCCGAAUGAACCGGAUCAUAAGAGACGCUCAGAGGUGGAUACAUGCCCAAAAACAUUUGCCCUGCCUCAUCGGUUCAGUAACCUUCUCAGGGCUUUCAUGUCCGCUGCAUCUGCCUGAUGGAAAGGGAAGGCAGCGAGGAGGAAAGACGGUGCCGCAAUGUCAGAAAAUAAAAAGUACUACUGAUUACUUUAAAACCAGAAUCCUCUUCUGUGGGUUACAUAAAUGCUGUAAAUUCUCAUAUAAAAGCUGAUAUUCAAAUAAGCCUGGCUAGCAUGGACAAAUAGAGGCCAGGUAAGAAGAAAACAAACCCAGAGGAGGGUGGAAUUACUCGCUGUUUAAGUUCAGUUUAAUGUUCAUUUCCACACCACUUAUUUUUUCAUAACAAACACAGAGUCAUGGUGCAUUCACUGCUCUGCUGCUCUGUUGCAACUUUUAACAAAAAAUAAAGUUUUCAUACUCAAAUGAAUUCUCUCUCUUUGAUGUUAACCUACAAAACCUCCUGUUUUUCACGUUAAAAGCCUGCCGAUAAAGAGAAAGCUGCAACAAAGUCCUCGGUUGAAAAUCCAAAUUUUAUAUUUGGUUAUGUGAUAUUAACUGUAGCUGCUACCAGGCGGAAAAAGACUUUUAAUGUGAAAAUUCUGGAGGUUUCAUUCAUAGCAGCUUGACAUCGUUGUGGGAGAAAGGCGACUGUGCUGAUAAAAUGUGUGCUGUGGACAAACGGUUCUCCAUAUCUGUAAAUAAAGGCCGCUAUUUGAGAAUUUACAGCAUUUAAAGUGUGAUUUCAGGCCUCACAGGGUUUGCUUGCAUCAUAAUGGAUGAUAAUGUGAGUGUGUAUCAGCAGUGAGAGCUGCAGCAGGGCGGAACCUCGUUCCCAACUGGACCGUCUGGUUUUCCUUUUACUACCUUGUCUCACCUCUGUUGUCUGACAAACACGCUCACAGUGAAUCCCUCGAGGUCAGCCACUUCACUGGAAGGCUCAGAAGGGAUUCUUCUAAUUAUGUCUUUUCACCUGAGGAAUCAGCCUCGUCCUGUGAAGCCAGAAAACUACAGUUAGAUUAAGCUAAUGGCACUAAAAUGACACUUUUAGAUCAGCGCUCACAUUUUGACUACUCUGUCCCCGUCACAACCGAUCCAGGUUGAUUCACCCAAGUAGUGAAGGAGAAUCUCACUGAGCUCAUUUCUAACUCACUCAAGAAGGAAAAUGUGUCAUUGUAAUAUCAUCUUCUGUGGGUGUGAGCAUGGUUGUCCCCUGCUGCCCCCUGGCUGGUGAACCUAAUAUUAACAGUUUGUUCAGCUGAGGGCUGCAGUGACAUGUUUUCAUAUAAACCAUAAAGACACUGUUUGACUGUAAACUUGUAACUUGUUAAAAUCACCUGCAAAGAACUAAAAAAACAACACUUUUUUGCUGUUUCCUGCGUGAUGCAAUAAUGGCAAAUACCUUUUUUUUUAAAGAAACACCGGUCAUAUUUUGUACCUACUGACAGACGAACUCUGUAUGAUCCCAAUGUGACUGUGCCUCCUGUUUUUACACUGUAUCUAUUUAUGUAAACAAGCAUGUGUGUAUGUGUGUAUGUAUGUGUUUAUGUAUGCCAUUCCAGUUCACAUGACCAGCCUUUACCCCCCCCCUCUCCCUCCACAUCACCACCAUCUGUCACGCUGUUGCCAGGUUACAGUCCUCUGUCAUGGUUUGGUUUUUCGUUGGACAGCUUUAUGAUGAAGACGUGACAUUGCAAUGUAAGACAUGUUACAGUUUCACAGCAUUAGCAUUUGUUUAAAAAAAAAAAUAAACAUUUUUAUGAACAUUU